GGGGAGGGAAGGCCCCACUGGCUGAAGCUGGGCAGCUCUGGGGCACCUCCCCAUUCCUCUCCCCACCCUCCCCCCUGCUUCUGUCUCUGUCAUUCACAGGGCCAGCCAGGCUGAGGCAGCCAUGGCAGCAGCACUGAUCUGGAUUCCUCUCCUUUCGGGUCUCCUGACAGAGCUGGGGGUCACCAAGGCCCAGCAGACCACCCUGCACCCACUUGUGGGCCGCAUAUUUGUGCACACCUUGGACCACGAAACCUUCCUGCGCCUUCCUGAGCAUGUCGCUGUCCCACCCACCGUCCCUGUCACCUACCAAGCUCACCUCCAGGGACACCCAGACCUGCCUCGGUGGCUCCGCUACACCCAGCGAAGCCCCCACCAUCCUGGCUUCCUUUAUGGCACCCCCACCCCGGGAGAUCGUGGACGGCAGGUCAUAGAGGUCAUAGCCUACAACCGGGACAACUUCGACACCACCCGGCAGAGGCUGGUGCUGUUGAUUGGGGACCCAGAAGGCCCCCUGAUACCAUACCAGGCUGAAUUCCUGGUGCGCAGCCAUGAUGUGGAGGAGGUGCUGCCCUCAACACUUGCCAGUCGCUUCCUCACAGCCUUGGGGGGCCUCUGGGAGCCGGGGGAGCUCCAGCUGCUUAACAUCACCUCCGCCUUGGACCGUGGGGGCCGUGUUCCCCUUCCCAUCGAGGGCCGCAAGGAAGGGGUGUACAUCAAGGUGGGCUCUGCCUCCCCCUUCUCCACCUGCCUGAAGAUGGUGGCGUCACCUGACAGCCAUGCUCGCUGUGCCCAGGGCCAGCCUCCACUUCUGUCCUGCUAUGACACCUUGGCACCUCACUUCCGUGUUGACUGGUGUAAUGUGUCCCUGGUGAGGAAACUGAGGCACCUAGAGGUGGAUAAGUCAGUGCCGGAGCCUGCAGAUGAGGUACCCACCCCAGGUGAUGGGAUCCUGGAGCAUGACCCGUUCUUCUGCCCACCCACCGAGGCCCCAGACAGAGACUUCCUGACUGACGCAUUGGUCACCCUCCUGGUGCCUCUCCUGGUAGCCCUGCUGCUCACCCUGCUCCUGGCCUACGUCAUGUGCUGCCGGCGGGAGGGACGACUGAAGAGAGACCUGGCCACCUCUGACAUCCAGAUGGUCCACCAUGACACCAUUCGUGGGAACACAGAGGAGCUGCGACAGAUGGCAGCCAGCCGAGAAGUGCCCAGGCCACUCUCCACCCUGCCCAUGUUCAACGUACGCACAGGCGAACGGCUGCCUCCCCAAGUGGACAGUGCCCAGGUGCCCCUCAUCCUGGACCAGCACUGAGGGUCCAGGUGCCCAGCUCCAGCCCUGGCCUCAUCCUCCCCUCUGCCCCCAUCACCAGGACCACGUCCUUCCUCCUGAUUCUGGCUCCUGGCCUGAUGGACCCUAGGAUUGGAAGAAGCCGAGAUGGAAGGGGAGCAGUGUGAGGGUAUCUGGGGUAAGGACCCCCAGAAUAAAUACCUGCCGGUU